AUGUCCGAACCAAAGGGUUUCAUAUCACAACUUAAUGUGUUCAAUAGGGAAAAUUAUCAAUUCUCUAAAUCUAAAUCUAAAUCAUCCCCUGCUAUUGAAACUUCCGAUGAAAUACUAUCAGACGUGGAACAAGGUCAACAAUUUAUGACCGAAUUAGAUCAAGGUGAAAAAAGACUAGGUGUACUAUCAUGUAUCGGGUUAAUUUGUAACAGAAUGUUAGGUACUGGUGUUUUUGCUGUCUCAUCAACAAUUUAUACUCUAUGUGGUUCCGUAGGUCUUGCAUUAAUCAUGUGGGCUGUUGGUGCUAUCAUUGCCAUUUCUGGGUUAUACGUCUAUAUGGAAUUCGGUACAGCGAUUCCAAAAAAUGGUGGUGAAAAAAAUUACCUUGAAGCAAUUUUUAAAAAACCAAGAUUCUUCAUUACUUCCAUGUAUGCUGCUUAUGUUUUCUUCUUAGGUUGGGCUGCAGGUAAUUCUAUCAAUACGGCAGUUAUGUUCUUAACUGCAGCUAAUGCAGAGGUGACUGAAUGGAAUCAAAGAGGUAUCGGUGUGGCUAUUGUCUUUUUCGCAUUUGCAAUCAAUACUAUAAGUGUCAAAGCAGGUUUAUAUCUACAAAAUAUCCUAGGUAUCUUCAAAGUAGGUAUUGUUAUCUUUAUCUCUAUUACCGGUUGGGUCGCUUUAGGGGGUGGUCUAAAGGAUGGUUACCAAUCUCAUAAUUUCCACGAUGCCUUUGCAGGUACUGAAACAGCGACUGCUUAUGGUGUCGUCACCGCUUUAUAUAAUGUCAUUUGGUCCUUUGUUGGCUACUCAAAUGUCAAUUAUGCCCUUGGAGAAGUGAAAGAUCCAGUAAGAACUUUGAAAAUUGCAGGUCCAACAUCCAUGAUUUUCCUUGCUAUCAUCUAUAUUUUCGUUAAUAUUGCUUACUUCGCUGUCGUUCCAAAGGAAAAAUUAAUCUCAUCCAAAUUAGUUCUUGCAGCUGAUUUCUUUGAUAUCGUCUUUGGUGGUCAUGCUAAGAGAGCUGCCGCAGCCUUUGUUGGUUUAAGUGCUUUAGGUAAUGUUUUAUCUGUUAUCUUCUCACAAGGUAGAAUCAUUCAACAAUUAGGUCGUGAAGGUGUUUUACCAUUUUCGAAUUUCUUUGCAUCUUCUAAACCAUUCAGUUCUCCAGGUGUUGGUCUUUUACAACAUUUCAUCGUUUGUAUGGUUACCAUCUUAGGUACUCCAAGUGAUGACGCUUAUAAUUUUGUCUUGAAUUUGAUUUCUUAUCCAAUGAAUAUUAUCAACUUCGUUAUCAGUGCAGGUCUUCUAUGGAUCUACUGGGAAAGAAGACAAGGUAGAAUUGAAUGGAAUCCACCCAUCAAAGCUGGUAUCUUUAUCACUAGUUUCUUCAUGAUUUCCAAUGUUUACUUGAUUGUUGCUCCAUACAUUCCACCAAGUGACGGUGAAUCUGUGUACAAAACUAUACCAUAUUGGUUACAUUGUGUGGUCGCUUGGGGUAUCUUUGCAUUCGGUGGGUUAUAUUACGUUGUCUGGGCUCAAAUCUUACCAAGAAUCUUCCAUUACAAAUUGGAUACUAAAGAUAUCUUGGGUGAGGAUGGAUUCUGGAGAGUUCAAAUUGUUAAAGUUUACGACAAGGGCCAUGGUAACGAAGAAGAAGAAUCCAAGGGUGAUGAUACUAAUAUUGGGGAUGAUUCUCCUUCCGUGGAAAAUAUCGAAUUGGAAUAUAUCGAAAGUAAUAAAGAUAUACUGCAUAGGUCGAACAAGUCCGAACAAAGCUAA